UCUCCAUCUCUAAUAACAGCUGUUGAGUUAUUUUCAAAUGCAACAACAAUUGAGUAGCCGAAUUUUAUAACAAAAUUCAAUCAAAACAAUGAACAUUGAUUUACGUAAAUUGUGUCGCAUUUGCUUCGUGGACAACGCAGAUGUUGACAUCACGGACCACAAGGUAGUCACAGCAGGACAGACAAGCGAUGCUGACAUCGAAGAGGAGCACACAAUAUGCGAAAUAAUGCAGGCCAUGUUUCAUGACAUGACCCUAGACUUAACGUCAGAGCUUCCGAUGAUAUGCAAUGCCUGCCUGGAGGAAUGUCUGGUGCACUACGCCUACUUCAGCAAACUGGCGAUUGCUAAUCGACAGCUGCGUCAACUCUACAACGAGGCACAGCUUGAGUUAAGCGAGCAGCGGGAGCAGCUACUUGAAGAGGAGGAGGAGGAGGCGGAGCUAGAGUAUCAAGAGGAGGAGCAAACACUGGAGGAAGAACUCUCCACGCCACAAAUCCUGGAUGAGCCGCCGCGUCCCUCGCAACGUUUGGCCAACGAAGAUUCGCUCAUCGUAUCCGAAUUUCUGCCCGCAACUGAACUUGAUGAGCAGGAACAAGCCGAAAUCGAUCAAAGUCAAUGUCAGAGUCGAAUGCGUUUUCCCAGCUUCGAACUGCGGACGUUAGACUACGCGGCCGUCGAGCUAAAACACGACAAUCUCGACGAAUACAACGAAACGAAUCGCUGGCUGAACAGCGAACCCAGCGGGAGCAGCCAGGCAAUCUACAAGUGCAAAUACUGUCCUUUGGCCUACGCCUCGCAGCAGUUCCUCAAAACGCAUGUGCGACGCUCGCAUGUCUGCAAAUAUUGCACAACAGCGUUUGCCAAAGUCAAGGAUCUCAAUGCCCACAUCCGGGACAAGCAUGCGAACAGUCAUCAGUGUGUUGUGUGCUUGAACAGCUUCAGCACUAGCAGCAAUCUGCGUGCUCAUCUCAAGCGUAUGCAUGGUGUUCAAUUGCCUGCUCAGGUGGCGCUCUUGGACUAUCGACCAGCUCCUCAACGACAAAUCCCGUUAAAUAAUGAUGAAUAAAGAUUUUCCAAAUUCAA